AUGGAUACGGCUCGAAUCCUAGGAGAUAUUCAACACAGUGACUCAGUGCUUAGGAGAUUUUUUAUUCUCAGUACUGUUAAAAAAGAAUUAAAAGAGCAUCUGGAGAAGACCAAAAUUGAUGAGUUGCUAUAUAAGAUUAUCAGCAAGGCCAGGAGCACAAAAGCCCGCAACUCCCGCAGCUGCAGCUAUCACCAGGCAGCCUUUAAACUACCGGGCGCCCCUCACGAGUCAGCGCGCGCCGCCACACCAAGCGGCAGCGAGGGGCUUUCGGCCAACAGCGCGACAUCAGACGGUGAGGCGGACGACGACGUCGACGCAGCACGCCGCUGCCUCGAAGACGUCAUUGCAUCAGCAGCCUUCACGACACAGGCGAUAGAAACGGGCGAGACGAUCUUCUCGUGGUACAGCGGCGAGGGCGAGCCGCGCGUGGCGGAGCGCUGGGAGGGGCGCGUGCGGCGCGUGGGCGGCGCGGGCGCGCUGGGCGGCGGCGCCGUCAACGUGAGCGCCGUGCGCGAGGCGGACGCCGGCCUGUACCGCUGCCGCGUGGCCUUCCCCAACCGCUCGCCGCCCGCGCGCAACAACGGCACCUUCUACUACCUCGACGUCGACGGCGGCAACCUGAUCGCGACGCCGCCUCACAACGUGACGGUGCUGGAGGGCGAGCGCGCCGAGCUGCAGUGCCAGCCCAAGAGCCCCGAGUGGCGCGUGGCCUGGCUGCGCAACGGCGAGCCCGCGCGCGAGCCCGCGCCCAACGGCAGUCUGCUGCUGCCGCGCGCCGCCGCCGCCGACCUGGCCGAGUACGAGUGCCGCGUGAGCGCGCCCGACGGCCGCACGCAGAGCGCCUCCGCCUGGCUGGACGUGCAGUACGCGGCGCGCGUGCUGCAUUCGCCGGCCGAGCGCCUGCUGGCGCACGGCAAGGCGGCCAGCCUCGACUGCCACUUCAGCGCCAACCCGCCGCUCACCAACCUGCGCUGGGAGAAGGACGGCUUCCUGUUCGACCCCUAUAACGUGCCCGGCGUCUUCUACAGUAGGAACGGCAGUCUGCUUUUCAAUCGAGUGGACGAGUCGCACGCGGGCGUGUACGCGUGCACGCCGUACAACGCGCUGGGCUCGGCGGGCGCGUCGGGCGGCGUGCGCGUGCGCGUGCUGCGGCCGCCCGCGCUGGCCGCCGCGCCGCAGCCGCUGUACCUGGCGCGCGUGGGCGGCGCCGUGACGCUGCCGUGCGAGGCGCGCGCGCCGCCCGACGCGCCCGCGCCCGCCGUGCGCUGGGCGCGCGCCGACGGCCGCGCGCUGCCCGCCUCGGCGCUGCUGCGCGGCGGCAACCUCACGCUGCGCGCGCUGGCGCCGGCCGACCGCGGCGUGUACGAGUGCCGCGUCAGCAACGCCGCCGCCGAGCUGCGCGUGCGCAGCGAGCUGCUGCUGGAGAACGUGCCGCCGCGCGCGCCGCACGACCUGCGCGCCGCGCCCGCGCCCGGCGCCGCCGUGCAGCUGUCCUGGGCGCCCGGUCACAGCGGCGCGGACGCCGAGUACGCCGUUUGGUUCCGCGAGCGCGACGCGCCCGAGUGGCGCAGCGUGCGGCUGCCGACACGCGGCGCCACGCGCGCCACGCUGCCCGGCCUGCGCGCCGGCGCCGCCUACGAGCUGCGCGUGCUGGCGCAGGAGCCCGGCGGCGACGGCCUGCUCAGCCGCCCCGUGUUCGUGCGCGCCGCCGAUGCCGACGGCGAGGAGAGCGCCACCGAGCUCCCGCCCGAGGCGGAGGAGGCGCCGGCGACCGACGGCCCGCUCGGCGCCCUCGACUCCGCCGACGACACCGGCGACGACGGCGACGCGGCCGCCGACACGGAAGAUGCGGCCGGCGACGUCGACGUUGCGGACGACGCCGAUGAUGUCGCGCAAUGGAACGCCGCCGACGCCGCGCCCGUGGAACUGGACGUGAGCGUGCGGCUGAUCGAGGAGGGCGCGCUGGUGCGCUGGCGCGGCGCGGCGGGAGUCUGCGAGCUGCGCUGGUACGACGACGAGGCGCCCGAGCGGCGCCUGCUGCUGGCCGCCAGCACGCCGCAGCAGUACGCGCUGGUGGGCGAGCUGCGGGAGGGCGCGCGCUACUGGGCGCAGGUGCGGUGCGCAGGCGCGCGCGGCGCGGCGGCGCUGGCGGUGCCGCAGUACGCGCGCCUGCGCGGCGUGGCGCUGGGCGCGGGCGGCGGCGCGCUGCUGCUGGCGGCGCUGGCGGGCGCGCUGUGCGCCGCGCGCCGCCGCCGCUGA